AUGCCGCCCAAACGCAAAGCUCCCGUACCGGCAAAUGCAGUGUCUGCGAAUAAUUACACCGACCCGUUCGGCGACCGCGCAAACAAGCGCUCCCGGAUCUCGAAGCCCCUACCAAACGCGCCCAAAAGCGAAGCCCCGCCCGAGCCACUGACGGCGCGGAACGCAGAGAACGGCGGGCCGGGGGAGAAGGUUGCAGUGGAAGCCACCAACGCAGAACGACGAGAAGGAGAGGGAACCAAAGAGGAGGAAGACAUUGUAUUCGACCACUCGCGCCCAGAAGAGCGCAGUGGAAUCGUAGACCGCCGGUACUAUCCCGCCGAGAUGAGCAACGAGCGAUGUGCGCAAUACAAUGCGAACGAGAUACCGCGGCCGAUAGAGCGACUGCAAGCUGCCAUCGAGACCACAGCGUCGAGUCGAGCUGCGCUCCGCGACGCAAAGGCUGAUGGCGCGGUGCUGCACUGGUUCAAGCACGAUCUGCGCGUGCGCGACAACACGGGCCUAAGCAAGGCAAGUGCACGGGCGAAAGAGACGGGGAAGGGUGUGAUAGGAGUGUGGAUUCUGAGUCCGCAGGAUUGGGAAGCCCAUUUGGUGUCCCCUGCGAAAUGCGAUUUCGAACUGCGCUCCGUGGCGGCGCUGCAACAGGAACUGGCGGAGCUGGACAUACCGUUGCACAUUGAGGUUGUGGAGAAGCGCAAGGAGGUGCCGACGCGGCUGGUGCAGAUGGCGAAGCAGUGGGGCGUGAAGAGCGUGUUUUGCAAUAUCGAAUACGAGCCCGAUGAGCUGCGGCGCGAGGAGAAACUGGUCAACUUGAUGCUGCAGGAGGGCGUUGAGUUUGCGCCGCAGCACGAUGAUUGCGCCGUCCCGCCCGGUACGCUGAAGACAGGCGGGGGCAAACAGUAUGCGGUGUACAGCCCGUGGUAUCGCAGCUGGGUCAGCUACCUACAUGCGCAUCCGCAUGUUCUCGAUGAGCGGCCGAUGCCAGCAAGAAACCUACCGGGCUUUCGAGAGCAGUACAAACACCUGUUCGAUGCGAAGGUUCCUGUAGCGCCGGAAAGCAAACGACUUACAGAUGAAGAUAGAGAACGCCUCCGCCACCUCUACCCCGCCGGGGAAGCAGCUGCUCUGGAACGGUUAGAGCGAUUCCUGAAAGAGAAGAUUGGGAUGUAUAAAGAUACUCGAAACUUCCCGAGCAAGAACAGCACCGCGAGGCUCAGCGUCCACCACGCAUCUGGCACCCUCGCAGCACGCACUAGCGUCCGCCUUGCGCGCGAAGUGAACACGACGCGGAAGCUCGACGGCGGGAUCCAAGGCAUCCAGAGCUGGAUAUCCGAGGUUGCGUGGCGCGACUUCUACCGCCACGUAUUGUGUCACUGGCCGUACGUCUGCAUGCACAAACCGUUCAAAUUCGAAUACACAAACAUCGCCUGGGAGUACUCCGACCCCCACCUGCAAGCCUGGAAGACCGGACAGACAGGCUACCCUCUAGUCGACGCAGCGAUGCGCUGCAUGAACACGACAGCCUACAUGCACAACCGGCUGCGCAUGGUAACAGCCUCCUUCCUUGCCAAACAUCUCCUCCUGGACUGGCGGCUAGGGGAGCAGCACUUUAUGCUCUCCUUCAUCGACGGCGACUUCAGCGCCAACAACGGCGGCUGGGGGUUUGCGAGCUCGACAGGGGUAGAUCCGCAGCCGUACUUCCGCGUCUUUAAUCCGUGGCUGCAGAGCGAGAAGUUCGAUGCCGAGGGCGAGUUCAUCAGGAUGUGGGUUCCUGAGCUCAAGGGUAUUGAGGGAAAGGAUAUUCAUAAUCCGUAUGCCAAGGCUGGGACCAAGGCGGCGUUGCUCGCGGAGCGGAAUGGGUACCCGAGGCCGAUUGUUGAGCACCGGUUUGCAAGGGAGAGGUGUUUGGAGAGGUUCAAGGCGGGGAUUGGGAGGGUGACGGCGUAG